AUGGAAACCUUUGAAUUCCCUAAGAUUCAUUCAUUCCCUCCGUUAUACACUAAACAACCAAAUGCUACCGUACUUCAGCAACAACUAGAUUCGUGGUGUAGUAUAAUUCUUUCUUAUUGUGAAUAUUAUAAAGUAUCAACCAUAUCCACCACUGGUACUAUAGUGUAUUCACAAUUUGAAGAAUUAAAGAUAGAUACAUUACCACCAAUAUUUGAGAAUAAACAGAUUAAUAGAGCUGUGGAUGAUGAAUUUAAACUGGAUAUCAUCAAACACUUGAUACAUAAAUUGAAUAAAGCUGAAUACAUAAAUACUAAAAUACCUGAUCAAGGUAUUCUAGUUUAUUGGAAGUCAUUGGCUGAUUGGGCUACAAUUUUAUAUGAUUUUGUUGAAAAUUCAGGUCAAUUGGGCACCGUGUUGACAAUUUAUGAAUUAACUAAACUGGAAGAUUCAGGACUUCCUGAAAGUCUAAAGAAUUUAGAUUAUAACUUAUUGGUCAAAGUAUUAAAAAAUAUAUUGAUAAAACAAGGAAAAGCUCAAAUUUUAAUGCAAGAAGGAACGGACCAAAUUGGUGGUGUUAAAAUAGUCUAA